UAGGAGAAGGGAAUAAUGAUGGUAUCACAAAAUCAGUCAGGAUCAGUGAUGUCUCAGCAGGGAAGCUGGAGGUUGCAUGAAGAGCAGAAGAGAGGGGAAAUUGCUGAUUCGGGGAUGGUGUGGGAGGGCCUGUAUGGCCUUUGCUUUCCGAGUUUGGAUACACUAAAUCCCUGGAAGUGGCUGUGUAUCCCAUGCUGGGCUUUAACAGGAGGUGAGCGUAGGUAGGCAUGGGGUGAAUUUGGCUAACCCAGAUGCUGAUUGUUUGCAGUGCUGCCAAGCUCCUGGAGAAGAGUCCAUUCUCUGUUGGCGCCCCGAGCCCCCUGCUCCCCUCGCCGGCGAGCCUGCAGCUGGCGCAGCUCCAGGCACAGCUCACGCUCCACAGGCUGAAGUUGGCUCAGACUGCCGUCACCAACAACCCGGCCGCCGCCACUGUCCUCAACCAGGUGCUCUCCAAAGUGGCCAUGUCACAGCCACUCUUCAACCAGCUGAGGCACCCCACGGUGAUGAGUGCCCCACAGGGCCACACCGCAGGCCCGCCCCAGGGGCCUGGCAUCGCCGGCACGAGGUUCCCCUCUGGUGGCAUUGCCUUUCCUGCCCAGAGCCCGGCCUUAGCUGCUCAAGGGGGAGGUCUGGGAGCCAUCCAGGCCCAGGCGCCCAAUGCAAUUGUCAUGAAUCCCUUUGGAAGUGUCAUGGCUCCGACCUCUGGCCAGCAGCCCGUGGUGGUGGGUCUCAACAAGGCAGGUGCUUCCACAUCUACUGCUGCAGGGAGCUUUUAUGAGUACAACAAGCAAAAUGCCAUCAGUGCCACAUCUCAGGCAUUCGCCUCGGAGGGGGAACAGUCCAACCAGCAUGGCUUCCUUGCUGGUGGCACCCAUACUGCCACCCCAGCAGCAGGGCCACACUACGAGAGUCACUUCGGGGCUCCCGGCCAGCUGCAGCACGAGGCGGCAGCGACAUUUCCCAAAGAGUCCUACGGGGCAGCAGCACAGCAUGGUGCAGCACGGGCCUUCCCCAGCGACCCACACACGGGCUCCCAUCCGAAAGGAGAUCCCGGCCCUCUCUUGCAUGGCAGCAGUACAAGCAACCAGUGGGAAAAUAUCCCUAAUUUCCCCAGCCAAAACAAGCCUGACCUCAUGCCCGGCGACAGCCUGUGGCCGUCAGCGAGUCAGCAGCAGUAUGAAAUAAGAAACGAGCUGUACAACCCCGAAGAGCCGACACCUGACACAAAGUUCAGCACGGCCGCCCCCCCCGCCUUUGGCCGCCUCAACCACAGCGCACAGAGCUUCGGCAGCCCUCGCAUGAGGCAGAAGGAGGAGCGCGGUGGCGGCACGCCCGAACUGCCCACCCGCUCCCUGCCACCGCACCAGCUUGGCGACCUCCGUGGCGUGGCCCCUCUCCACUUCCCCCACAUCUGCGCCCUGUGCGACAAGAAGAUCUUCGAUCUGAAGGACUGGGAUCAGCACAUUAAGGGAAGUCUUCACAUCCAAAAAUGUAUGGCUUUUUCAGAUAACACUGGUAUCCGGUGUAUGUUAAGCUCAGCAGAUGGAACAUUGCAUUUAUCGCCAAAUAAUGCAGCAGUUUUCAAUCCAUCUAGUAUUGAAGAUUAUUCACCAAAUGUUGGCACAUCUUUUAUUGCUACACCAGCAAGACCCUUUGGCCAGCCAGGUCCAUUUUCUUCUCCUCCAUCAGGGUUUCCCCAGAGGAAAUCUACACUGGGUCGAGUUGUUCACAUUUGCAACCUGCCUGAGGGAAGCUGCACAGAGAAUGAUGUCAUUAACCUGGGCCUUCCCUUUGGAAAGGUCACCAACUAUAUCCUCAUGAAAUCUACUAAUCAGGCCUUUCUGGAAAUGGCUUACAGUGAAGCAGCCCAAGCCAUGGUACAGUACUACAAAGAAAAACCUGCUAUGAUAAAUGAUGACAAGUUACUUAUUAGGAUGUCUAAAAGAUACAAGGAAUUGCAGCUGAAGAAACCAGGUAAGAAUGUGGCUGCUAUAAUCCAGGACAUCCACUCACAGAGGGAGAGGGACCUGCUGCGUGAAGUGGACAGCAGGUAUGGCACUGAGAGGCCCCGCUCCCGCAGCCCCAUAAGCCGCUCGCUGUCACCGCGGUCCCACACGCCCAGCUUCACUUCCUGCAGUUCACCACACAGCCCGCUGGGGACCAGCAGGACCGACUGGGGAAAUGGGAGAGAGGCAUGGGAUCAGUCCCCCUAUUCUCGACGGGAAGAGGAAAGAGAUAGCAGAGAAUGGCGAGAGAAUGGGGAUGAGAAGAGGGACAGGACUGACACGUGGGUACACGAGAGGAAACAUUAUUCCCGACAACUGGACAAGUUUGAUUUGGAUGAACGGCUUGAAGGAGGCAGAGGACACCGAGAAAAAUACUUAAAGACUGGUUCCCCUGGGUCCCUUCACCCUUUAUCUGGCUACAAGAACAGGGAAGAUGACUAUUACCGGAAAUCCUCUAAGUCAAAAUCUGACAAGUUUCAAAGGCAGCUGCAGGAUUUACCUGGGAGAUCUAAGAGGAAGGAAGAGGCAAAGUUAAGGGAACGCAGGCAUUCUUACAGCGAGGACACUGCCAGGGAGGAGGCAGCUGAACAGAAGCACAGCAAAGCAUCUGAGGGCUCCAGGCAAAAACAAAGUGAUAAGAAUAAAAUGAAGAAAGCUGAAAAAGACCAAGAAGAUGCUACUGCUGAAGGCAGUGAUGUAAAGGAAACAAAACCUCCCGAGAAUGAGCUUGAAAAUGAGGAGCAAGUUCCAGUGAAGAGCUCACCUUCAGAUAAUAAACAAGGAAAAGAAUCUGGAGAGAUUCUGGAAAACACAAAGAAAGAGAAGGACCGAGACUGGGAGAGUGGAAGUGAAAUAGAAGGUGAGACCUGGUAUCCUGCUAACAUGGAGGAAUUAGUGACAGUAGAUGAAGUAGGAGAAGAUGAUUUAAUUAUGGAGCCUGAUAUAACUGAGCUUGAAGAAAUAGUCCCAGUUGAUCAAAAAAAUAAAGCUGCUUCAGAAAUGUGUCCCUGUAUGUCAACCAUGUUAGAACUGAAAAACGAUCACAGCCACUUGAUAAGAAGUGAAGACAAAUUUGCCCAUAAAGCUUUAGAAACAAACUCCAGAACAUCAAAAGGCAAUGCAGCUUCUAGUGGCUGUCAGGAAGAUGAUGAGGAUGAUGGUAAUGAUGAUGCUGUAACUGAAGCAUCAAGCCUAAAUCUGGACCCUGAACAGAAGCCAGAGGAAUGGAAAGAAGACCAAUCUGCUAAGGAGUCUGAUUGCCACCAGAAGGAAGGAAAAAUUGAUAAGAGCUCUGACACUCGUUUAGAGCCUGAAGAUCACCAUAUACCUUCUGUUCAUCUGAAAGAAGAGACUCUUCAGCUCCCUGAUACAUUUAUAGAUGAUUACAAACAGAUGGGAUCACAAGGAGCUGAGAGCAGAGAAGUUACGGAAACGCUCAUUAAAAACGCUAGUGAAGAAUCAAGACAUGGAAGCCAAGAGUGUCCAGAGGCCAAGGCAAAUUCUAGGUACUUGGAAAUGAGAUCUCUGGAAUACCCGGAGGUAGAGUCUAAACCAAGGCCCUCUGCACCAGGCUGGGAACAAGAGGACGUCUUCACCGAGCUCAGCAUUCCCCUGGGUGUGGAAUUUGUGGUGCCUAGAACUGGGUUUUACUGCAAGCUCUGUGGACUCUUCUAUACAAAUGAAGAGACAGCAAAGACAAGUCACUGCAGGAGUACUGUUCACUACAAAAAUCUCCAGAAGUAUCUAUCCCAGCUUGCAGAAGAGAGCCUGAAAAUGAAGGAAGAAGGCAGCACUCUGCCUCAGGAUGACACUGGCAUCGUUCCUCACUUUGCAAAGAAAAAACUAUGAUGCAGAUGAACUGGAAGAGCUGUAAUGAGUGAAUGCUGAUACUUUUUUUUUUUUUUUUUAAUUUCUAUGAUAUAACUGUCAAUUUGCACUGUACA